UAUGGGUGUGAUAACUUAUAUGUACUACAUAUGUAUGAAAGUGUAGAUACCUAUUUGACUUCAUAUGUAUAGAUGUGUUCGAUAACAAAGUUAGCCAACACCAACCAACAAUCAAAAUCAAGAGCGUAAGCGAAAAUUCUCUCCCAAAGAGAAGAAACAGCAAAACAGUAAACGAACAGAAAAUUUGUCAACAAUGAAAAAUAACGGUAGGAGAGUACACAAAUAGCCAGACGGUUCCUUACUGCAGAUUUUAGUCAGAAAUAGUCAGUUCUUCCCGUACACGUAUCUAUAACAUCUUCAGUGCUCUCAUCCGCAUUAAGUCUAUCGAUACAAAGAUUUGCGGCCCGAAAUGGGAAUACAGCAAACUUAAAACCGUAAAAAAAACAAAUGUGGACUAAAAUGGAGAAUAAGCGAGGAGCUUUGUGAAAAAGGUCAUAUGUUUGCCGCCGCCCAAGUAGAGGGGAAAUUUUUUAGUUUAGAGCGCCAAUACAAGAAGACGCAGCUCAAUAACUCUUUGACUGGUCGCAAUACGCUUAACUGUCCCUACUAUAGUGAACUGAAUGAUUUAUUAAGAGCUAAGAAGGGUAUUCACCCGGAAUUUGUACUGGAUAGCGAGACGGUGGUCAAACCUGCUGAGGCUUUACAGGAUUUGGACGAUUAUAUGGAGUCCCCACUUUCGUCCCAAAGCGGCAACGGUAUUACGAAGAUAUACAGGCAUGUUCUGAAAUUUGAAACUUUGAAAUCGAGUCGAUUUGCCAAAAAUUUGUUAAUUAUAUCUGAUGAAAGGAGUGAAUAUUCUCACUUAAAACUGUAAAAGAAGCAGCAGCGAUAUGAAAAAAAUCAUUUUAAUGCGAGACUUGUAAUUUUCUAGGUUAAAAACCAUCGAAGAAAUUAUCGAAAUCGAGUCGAUUUCAAACUUUCGAAUUUCGGAACAUGCCUGAUAAUUAUGUAUUAAUGGGCCGUGUGAAUA